AUGAUCGCAUUGAAGGAGAAGGUCUCCAAUCAGCUGUCUCGCUUAUUUGCCGAUUCGCCCAAUUCCCCUUCUCAUAGUUCUCAGGGCAGGAUAGCUAGUCAAGGCGAAAAGUCGUUUUCUUCAUAUUUUUCAUCCGUUGUUCCUUCCUUGGGCUUUGGGAGGUCUACUUUGGAAAAUGGCAAGGACCAGAAAGUUGAGUUAGCACCAGCUCCUUCACUUCCAGUAAGAUGGAGAAGUAGAGAAUUUGACCAUGAAGAGGAGCCGAGAUAUCAUGAGUGCCAGAAAGCUGGUGAACGUCAAGCAGCCAUAUUUCUUGAUGAAAAUGAGGAUUAUUCUUCUCGAACUAGUAGCAGCGACAGUGAUGUUUUUGAAGAAGCAUGUGAGCAGCAGAGUACUCCGAGGACACCCUAUCUGAAAGCUGGGUCUACGUUUAUAUCAUCAGACUUGUAUGAGUUCCUAAUGUCAUCGCUCCCUAACAUGGUGAAAGGGAAUGACUGGGUUUUGCUAUAUAGUACGAUGAAGCAUGGCAUAUCUCUUCGCACACUCAUUCGAAAGAGUGCUGACAUUACUGGUCCAUGUUUACUGAUUACUGGAGAUAGACAAGGUGCUGUGUUUGGUGGACUUCUGGACUGCCCACUGCAAGCCACUUCCAAGAGAAAAUAUCAAGGGACAUAUCAGUCAUUUGUAUUCACUACCAUAUAUGGUGAACCAAGGCUAUUUCGACCAACUGGUGCCAACCGAUAUUAUUACUUGUGUUUGGAUGACUUGCUAGCACUUGGUGGCGGUGGCAACUUCGCUUUACGAUUGGAUGGAGACCUGUUGCACGGAACUAGUGGCCCCUGCGAAACAUUUGGGAACUUAUGUUUGGCCCACGAUUCAGAAUUCGAGUUAAAGCAUGUCGAGCUUUGGGGAUUUACAUACUCAUCAAAAUACUGA